AUGCAGGCUCUAAAAAAAAUGGGACCGAAGAAUGGUUCUUUGGUGACUGAAUUCAUUCUACUGGGAUUGACAAAUGACCCUGAUCUGCAAUUACCACUGUUCUUAUUGUUUCUGUUAAUAUAUACAACCACAGCACUGGGGAAUUUGGCUUUGAUCAUUUUAAUUGUGCUUAAUUCUCACCUUCACACCCCCAUGUACUUUUUCCUCUUUAACUUGUCUUGCAUUGACCUCUGUUAUUCCUCUGCAAUUACACCAAAAAUGCUGAUGAACUUCUUAGUAAGGAAGAAUGUUAUCUCCUACAAUGGAUGCAUGACCCAGCUGUAUUUCUUCUGUUUUUUUGCCAUUUGUGAAUGCUGUGUUCUGACAUCAAUGGCUUAUGAUCGUUAUGUGGCUAUCUGUAAUCCACUCUUGUAUAACGUUACCAUGUCCCCCAAAGCGUGUUCCUAUCUUAUGCUUGGUUCAUACAUAAUGGGAUUUUCUGGUGCCAUGAUCCAUACUGGAUGCACUUUAAGACUGACCUUCUGUGACGGUAAUAUCAUCAACCACUAUUUCUGUGAUCUUUUCCCUUUGCUGCAGCUCUCUUGCACAAGCACUUAUGCCAACGAAAUAGAAAUUCUUAUUGUAGGAGGGAAAGAUAUCAUUAUAACCAGUAUUAUCAUCUUUACCUCUUAUGGCUUCAUCCUCUCUAACAUCCUUCAAAUGAGAUCCACUGCAGGCAUAUACAAAGCCUUUAGUACCUGCAGCUCCCACAUUCUUGCUGUUUCUCUAUUCUUUGGAUCAUGUGCAUUUAUGUAUCUCAAACCCUCCUCAGCUGGAUCUAUGGAUCAGGGAAAAAUAUCUUCUGUCUUUUACACCAUUGUGGUUCCCAUGAUGAACCCUUUAAUUUACAGCCUGAGAAACAAGGAUGUCAAAGUUGCCCUGAGAAAAACCUUUCACAGGAGGCACCUUUAA